UAGUCUUUUUAAUCGGCCGCGCGCGCCACACUUUCCUACGCACCACACAAGUACUGCUACCCCACACGGCCACAACCAAACGCGCACGGCUCCCAGGUCCCAGCCGCCUCGCACCGAGACGCGGACGCCAGCGCUCUCCAGUCUCAACUGACCAUGGACUCGCCGCCGGGCCAACCCACGGUGGUCACCCUGAUACUUGCUCUCCUCCUAGUUCUAUACCUCGCGCUCCGGCGCCGCGCCGGCGCCGGCGGCGCCAAGAACCGGAGCUACCCGCCGGUGGCCGGCACCGUGCUCCACCAGCUGUUCAACUUCGGCCGCCUGAUGGAGUACCACACUGAGCUCUCCCGCAGGUACCGUACUUUCCGCAUGCUCACCCCGAGCAGCAGCUACAUCUACACCGUCGAGCCCGCCAACGUGGAGUACAUCCUCAAGACCAACUUCUCCAACUACGGCAAGGGGAGCAAGGUGCACGAGGUGGGCGAGGACCUCCUCGGCGACGGCAUCUUCAGCGUGGACGGCGCCAAGUGGCGGCACCAGCGGAAGGUCGCCAGCCACGAGUUCUCCACGCGGGUGCUGCGCGACUACAGCACCGGCGUGUUCCGCGACACGGCCGCGGAGCUCGCGGGCAUCGUGGCCGCCGACGCCGGGGAGAAGGUGGACAUGCAGGACCUGCUGCUGCGGUCGACGCUGGACUCCAUCUUCACGGUCGGGUUUGGGGUCAGACUGGGCGUUCUCUCCGGGUCUAGCAAGGAAGGCGCCGCGUUCGCCAAGGCGUUCGACGAUGCCAGCGAGCAGGUGUUACACCGCUUCUUGGACCCGUUUUGGAAGGCCAAGAGGUUCCUAAACUUCUCGUUGGAGACGGCCAUGAAGCGCUCGGUCCGCACCAUCAACGACUUCGUCUACGCCGUCGUCGACAAGAAGAUCGAGCAGAUGGGAAGAGACCAACAAGAAUUUGCCAAGAAAGAGGACAUCCUGUCGAGGUUCUUGGUGGAGCGGGAGAGCGAUCCCGGCUGCUUCGACAACAAGUACCUGCGGGACAUCAUCCUCAACUUCGUGAUCGCCGGCCGCGACACCACGGCGGGGACGCUGUCGUGGUUCCUCUACGUGCUGUGCCGGAACCAGCACAUCCAGGACAAGGUCGCCGAGGAGGUGCGCGCCGCCGCCACCUCCGGCGACGGCGACCUCGGCGCCCCGGAGCUCGUCGCGUGCCUGACCGACGACGCCAUCGGCAAGAUGCACUACCUGCACGCAGCGCUGACGGAGACCCUCCGGCUCUACCCUGCUGUGCCCAUCGAUGUCAAGUGCUGCUUUUCGGACGACACGUUGCCGGACGGCUACGCCGUCAACAAAGGGGACAUGGUGCACUACCAGCCGUACCAAAUGGGCAGGAUGCAGUUCCUGUGGGGCGCCGACGCCGAGGAGUUCCGGCCGGAGAGGUGGCUCGACGACGGCGGGGUGUUCGUCCCCGAGAGCCCCUUCAAGUUCACGGCUUUCCAGGCUGGCCCUCGCGUCUGCUUGGGAAAGGAAUUCGCGUACAGGCAGAUGAAGAUCUUCGCGGCCGUGCUUCUCUACCUGUUCAGGUUUGAGAUGUGGGAUGCCAACGCCACCGUGGGUUACCGGGCCAUGCUCACUCUCAAAAUGGAUGGCCCGCUCUAUGUUCGUGCGUCGCUCCGGCGGUGAGGAGGGCGGACGGCAAGCGGCAUAUAAGAUGCCUCAAGUCAAACGGCCAGUCGUGUGGAAGUAUACAUGCGUGUAGCUAUGUACUUGCUGUAUAUCGGUCUUGUAUAGGAUAUAUGCACUUGCUGUAUAUCUAUUAUAAAGUCAAUGACCGGCUGACCGUUGUUUUCUUUAACAUUUACAAGUCGGUCAGACACGUCUGUGUAUCCGCCGUCCUCUUUGUGUACUUUUUUUUUGAAAGAUCUGGAACCAUGGUUUCCAGCGUGUAUAUUAAUAAUAAGAAGAGAAUGAUCCAUUUUAAAAGGAAAAA